AUGGGAAUUACGGGGCUCCACGGGCUUCUAAAGUCGAUACAGAAGCCCUGUAAUGUGAAGAAAUUCGCCGGUCAGACCCUUGGAGUGGACGCAUAUGGGUGGUUACAUAGAGGGACAGCUGCCUGUGCGUACGAAAUAGCACUCGGCAGGCCUACCACAAAAUAUGUUGAUUUUACUAUCGGUCGUCUGCGGAUGCUACAGCACUAUGGAAUCACCCCAUACAUCGUGUUUGAUGGGGGGAUGCUUCCCAGCAAAGAGGCGAUAGAGGCCUCCAGGGCUGCCAGACGAGAGGAGAGUAGGAAGCUGGGCGAAGAGCAUAUGCGGAGAGGCAGGACUGCGGAAGCGUAUCAGGAAUUUCAAAAGGCAGUUGACGUCACGCCCUACAUGGCUCGUGUCUUGAUUGAAGAGCUGAAGAAGCACAAAAUAAAAUAUCUGGUCGCUCCGUAUGAGGCUGACCCCCAGUUGGUAUACCUGGAGAAACAGGGCAUCAUCAAUGGCAUCAUCUCAGAGGACUCGGAUAUGCUUGUCUUCGGUGCAAAACGUCUUCUUUCCAAGCUUGACAAAAACGGUGACUGUAUCGAAAUUAACCGGGGUGACUUUGCUGCCUGUCGGGAUAUCAGUCUGAUAGGCUGGACCGAUGAGAAUUUCCGGCACAUGUGCAUUCUCAGCGGAUGUGACUACCUUACUAACAUCCCCAGGAUGGGAUUGAAAACAGCAUACCGUAGUAUCAGGAAGCACAAGUCGGUGGAUCGGGUAGUCAAAAUGGUUCAGUUUGAUGGGUCGAGUCGUGUUCCGCCGGGUUAUCUUGAAAGCUUCAAACGAGCGGAACUUACUUUCCUGCACCAGCGGGUGUUUUGCCCCACCGCCAAAUGCUUGGUCAUGCUUAAUCCGCUUCCAGACGGCGGGAAUGGAGAAGACAUGCCGUUCGUUGGUGCCAUCCUGGACCCCGAUGUGGCUAUUGCGAUCGCCUGCGGUGACCUUGAUCCGAUGACCAAGGAGCCGAUUGAGAUAAAGCCGUCAUACCCAGAACGAGAAAGGCUGGUUCGGACGGGACGACAGUCCAUAACCUCGUCUGAUGAGAAGAAACCAGCACGAGAGAUACAUGAAUUCUUUACGCCAAAGCGCGUUCCACUCUCUGAGCUGGACCCGAAUUCAAUGACUCCCUCACCAGGACCCAAUCGACCAUUGGUGAGCCGGCAGAAUCGGUAUUCUCUGGCCGCGAACCGGGUAUCGACCCCUCCCAGUAUUACCAGGAGUGCGGCCUCGAUACCAAAUACCCCAACCGACCGGGCACGACGAACAGAAGCAUUUCUCAGAUCCGCCUCCGAAUUACCGCCGCCUCAAGUUCAGAAGAGACAGCGCCUCUGUUCGGACUCUGACGAGGAGAGUGUAGCAGGAAACAUGGCCGAAGUGAGUCGCUUCUUCGCUGGCCCCGGAGAAACAACGACAACUCGCAAGGACACAACGAGCAAGAAGCGCAAGAGUAGCAAGCUCCAUGUCUUUUCAGACCAGGAGGCCGCUUUAUCUCCUGGUCAAGCAAUAACCAAGCAGCACACAGCUACCAAUGAUCCUACAAAACCGCUCCCAUCAGGUCGCCCUCUUCCUCCUCUUUUCCUUGAGGAGCCUAUUUCAAACACCAGCACACAGGAAUCAGCCGUUACUUUACCAACACCAUCACUACCGACCGUAGCUGACAGCCGAUCUGUAGAUGCCAACUCCGACCCAUCCCUGUUCGAGAGCGUGCUGGACUACAACGUAAAGCGCCAUAACUUGAAAUUGCGGGAGAAGUAUGCUUUCAACCCUUCUGAGCAAAGCGAGACCGCCCAGAGCAACAGAGACGACAUUCCAACCGCACCCACCCGUAGUUCUUUGCCAGGACGAUGUGUGAAGCGGACACUGUCCUCCCAGAUACGACCAAGCCCGUUACAACGGCUAAAACAAAGCGCACUUGCUCGAUCAAAAUCCAUGACCAGUCUCCAGCCACGGAAGCUUGUCGAUAAGCCGGAAGACACUCCCACAGCUACUGCAGACGAAGCAGCCGAUCACCUCCUCCCACCAAGAAACGUCUCGCACGGUGGAAGCGAGGACAUGAUCACACCAAACAGCGACAACUCAGCCGACGAAAAGGACGACAGCCAGGAAGUCGCCUAUUCCUUCGACUUCUCCCAGUAUGCAUUCAAGAAGGCGUAA